GUGGCCUGAUUGGCAUGGUGAUUGGGUCUUGGGUUGUCGAAUGGAUUUCUAUGUGUCACUAGGAGUUCUGGCUGACGCAAAGGCCGGUGUGGUUUUAUUUUGUUUUUGGUUUCCUUGCUAUGGGUAUACGGGGACUAGGUACUGGCUACGGCAGAUUCUGGCAGUGGAAGCCCAACGGGUGUUCGUUGAUGAAUCUUGCGUUUAUUAUGCAGGAAUUGGAUAGGUGCAUGAUCUACUUGGAUAGUCAAUUUAUAAUCUUCGGCAGGAGUAUCCGAGAGGCUUUGUUGUGGCGCUUGGGAGGUCCUAGCAAAGUACCAAACCUGCGAAAUUCAGACUUUAGGGUCUCGGCAGGACCCUGUGGCUGUCUCGUGGCCUUGCUGCCUUUCUGCCUUGUGGCCUUAGUAACAUUACUGCCUGAGGCAUAGAGUUCAAAAAAACUUAAUGCCUAUUAUUUGAGGCUGCCACAUAUGAGGCCAUCCACGUGAGUCUUUCCUUUCGCAGGCGGUGGAGUCCAUGAAUUCAUCAUGACGCCCUCAAACGGGUGACCAUACCAAUACGCUGCGGACUCGUCCCCUUGCCAGCCCGUGGCGGCGACGACUGAAUGUGACGUACAGGACCAGUACACCGUGACUCACCGUAACAAUUGAGAGGCCACAAAAGUCAUCCCACCAUCGAUUACAUCACUUUUGCCCCGCCAAAAUCUUCGACCGAAAGCAUCAACAAUGUACAAAGGUCAAAAGCUUUCCAAGGGCCAAUUGAACCCGGUCCCGAAUCUUCUGACGCCUUCAAGUAGCUUGUCGCAAUGUUUAGACCCCACUAGACCCGUCUGGAAGGCCCGGCUGGCCUCCAGAAAGGCGUAGACUGGCUGUUGCUGGGGCAUGGAAGGCCGUGGAACCCGAUGGAUGCCCAUGGAAGCUGCCCCUGCUAGAAGCUUCUGAACAAUACACCGCUCACUAUAUAGCAGGAUUUCGCUGCCCACACUCCUAGCCUCUUUCUUUUUUUUCUUCUCAGACUUCACUUUACUUUCUAAUCCUCUCUCCUCCUUCCCCCUCCCAUUCUCCUGUACACUACACUUCACGAGUUUCCUUUUCUUACGACUCCAUCGCUCUCCCCCACACACACACAUUCACAUACUUCACAAUGGCCCCCGCUGUCGGUAUCGAUUUGGGUACCACCUACUCUUGUGUGGGUGUCUUCCGUGAUGACCGCAUUGAGAUCAUCGCCAACGACCAGGGUAACCGUACUACCCCCUCGUUCGUUGCCUUCACCGACACCGAGCGUCUCAUCGGUGAUGCCGCCAAGAACCAGGUCGCCAUGAACCCCCACAACACCGUCUUCGAUGCUAAGCGUCUGAUCGGUCGUCGUUUCGAGGAUGCCGAGGUUCAGGCUGAUAUGAAGCACUGGCCCUUCAAGGUCGUCGAGAAGGCCACCAAGCCUAUCAUCGAGGUCGAGUUCAAGGGUGAGGCCAAGCAGUUCACCCCCGAGGAGGUCUCUGCCAUGAUCCUCGUCAAGAUGCGUGAGACCGCUGAGGCUUACCUCGGUGGCACCGUCAACAACGCUGUCAUCACUGUCCCCGCCUACUUCAACGACUCUCAGCGUCAGGCUACCAAGGACGCCGGUCUCAUUGCCGGUCUCAACGUCCUCCGUAUCAUCAACGAGCCCACUGCCGCCGCCAUUGCCUACGGUCUUGACAAGAAGGUCGAGGGUGAGCGUAACGUCCUGAUCUUCGAUCUGGGUGGUGGUACCUUCGAUGUUUCUCUCCUCACCAUUGAGGAGGGUAUCUUCGAGGUCAAGUCCACUGCUGGUGACACUCACUUGGGUGGUGAGGACUUCGACAACCGUCUCGUCAACCACUUCGUCAACGAGUUCAAGCGUAAGCACAAGAAGGACCUGACCACCAACGCUCGUGCUCUCCGUCGUCUCCGCACUGCUUGCGAGCGUGCCAAGCGCACCCUCUCUUCCGCUGCCCAGACCUCCAUCGAGAUCGACUCCCUGUUCGAGGGCAUUGACUUCUACACCUCCAUCACCCGUGCCCGUUUCGAGGAGCUCUGCCAGGACCUCUUCCGCUCCACCAUGGAGCCCGUUGAGCGUGUCCUCCGUGACGCCAAGAUCGACAAGGCUUCCGUCCACGAGAUCGUCCUCGUCGGUGGUUCCACCCGUAUCCCCAAGAUCCAGAAGCUCGUCUCCGACUUCUUCAACAAGGACCCCAACAAGUCCAUCAACCCCGAUGAGGCCGUUGCCUACGGUGCUGCCGUCCAGGCCGCUAUCCUGUCCGGUGACACUUCCUCCAAGUCCACCAACGAGAUCCUGCUUCUCGACGUUGCCCCUCUGUCUCUCGGUAUCGAGACCGCUGGUGGUGUCAUGACCCCUCUGAUCAAGCGCAACACCACCAUCCCUACCAAGAAGUCUGAGACCUUCUCCACCUACUCCGACAACCAGCCCGGUGUCCUGAUCCAGGUCUUCGAGGGUGAGCGUGCCCGCACCAAGGACAACAACCUCCUCGGCAAGUUCGAGCUCACUGGCAUUCCCCCCGCUCCCCGUGGUGUCCCCCAGAUUGAGGUCAUCUUCGAUCUCGAUGCCAACGGUAUCAUGAACGUCUCCGCCGUCGAGAAGGGCACUGGUAAGACCAACAAGAUUACCAUCACCAACGACAAGGGCCGUCUGUCCAAGGAGGAGAUCGAGCGCAUGCUCGCUGAGGCCGAGAAGUACAAGGCCGAGGAUGAGGCCGAGGCUGGCCGUAUCCAGGCCAAGAACGGCCUCGAGUCCUACGCCUACUCCCUCAAGAACACCCUGUCCGAGGGCAAGCUCCAGAUCUCCGACGAGGACAAGAAGAAGGUCGAGGAGAAGAUUGAUGAGGUCAUCUCUUGGCUCGACAACAACCAGACUGCCGAGAAGGACGAGUACGAGUCCCAGCAGAAGGAGCUGGAGAGCGUUGCCAACCCCAUCAUCUCCGCUGCCUACGGCGGUGCUGCCCCCGGUGGCGCCCCCGGCGCUGCUCCCCGCACCGCUGACGAUGUCGAGGAGAAGCCCGAGGAGCUCGACUAAAUGUCUCGCACUGAGGAUUCUUUCUGAUUUUCAUGGCGCUUGGCUUUUGCCCCUUUUGAAACUUGGUUGACAUAUUCAACCGUUUCGGCUCGGGGAUCUGGCUAGGAGCUCUUCUCUUUUUUCAUGUCUUGUUUUACGACCUUAUGGGAUAUCGCGUUUUUUCAUUUUUUCCGAUUGCAUAGAUACGAGGUUAUCUCCGCUGGGGCAAAAAAGUCCUGGCGAUAAUCAAAAUUUCUUUUUACUUCAAAAAUCUUCCCUCGUAAUUAAAUUCACUUGUAGACUUGGUAUAAUGUAAUAUUUAGAUCAUCUUCGACGAUGUUG